AUCACUUUUGUAGCUUUCUUCCCCAUAAUGCUCCCCACCCACACCCCUUCAGGAAUCUCCUCAAGCGCAGGAAUCGCCCCCAGCUUAUCAUCGCACUUCGUCCAUGGAGGAUUUUGGUGCCGGUUCUAGUGACGACGCCAAGAGUGGUACUUGCCCACGUGGACACUGGAGGCCCGCCGAGGAUGAAAAGCUCUGGCAACUUGUCGACCAGUACGGCGCUCAAAACUGGAACUCGAUUGCAGAGAAGCUUCAAGGAAGAUCCUGGAAGAGUUGCAGAUUGAGGUGGUUUAAUCAACUUGACCCUAGAAUAAACAGACAGCCGUUUACGGAGGAGGAGGAAGAAAGGCUUCUUGCAGCUCAUCAUAUUCAUGGGAGAUCUGGAAGCAUACUGCGAUGAUCAGCUGGGAGCGAUUCCUGCGCUUGAGCAUAUUCCUGAAGGGGUAUGUGUGGGUGGGGGGACAUUUUGGGGAAGAAAACUACAAAAGUCAUCACAUGCAAGUCACGUGAUCACU